AUAAAGCAGCGGUGUGUGUUUCAGGUCGAGCCGGCUGGAAGACUCCUCAGAAGAGUAAGAUGACUGUGAUCAUGAGACAGGAGGAGCUGAUCGCGCAGAAGAAGAGAGAGAUCGAGGCCAGACUGAAGCAGAACCAGCAGCAGAAGCCGAAGCAGAACAAAACCAGCAGCCCCCCCUCCUCACAGGCGUCUUCGUCCUCAUCAUCCUCCUCAUCUAAUAAGUUUGUGAACGACGGCAGUUUCCUGCAGCAGUUUCUGAAGAUGCAGCGAGAGAAAUGCAGCGCUGAUGAAGGUGAGACGCUUGUUUUCUCAUGCAUGUUCAUGAAUCACACAGAGUCGUUUCUAUAUUAGAGGUGUAACGGUGCACAAACAUGACGUCACGGUUUGGGAUAGUUUCGGUACAGCGGGGAAGAAACUAGGGCUGUC